AAAGCUGUGAAAAAAGAAAACGUCACUUCUGUUAACUUUAUGGCUGCCCUAGAAAAAUAUAACCUCAAAUUAAUCUGAAAACAAUACUUUUGCUUUUGUGAAGUUCAUUGUUUUUUACGAAAAUACAUCACUGUAGUCUUAACAACAUGUUGAAACCUAGUUUUGGCAGUUUUCAACUAAAAUUGGCUACUCGGGCAUUUAGCUGUUCUCCUGCAGUAAGUACGAAGGAAUGGCGAGUCUCCAAAGGUCUGCCGAUCAACAGGAACGCUGAGGGCAUUCUUACUGAUGGUCCAGACUAUACUUUUUUGGAUGGACGUCCUACGCCCUUAUUGCAUAAACAAAAACAGAGGAUGUUGAAGCAGCAAGGCUAUGCAUCUAGAAUAGUAGAACUAUGUUCCGAACUAGAGUUUGCGAAGACAAGACACCAGGGUAUCAUAAAAGAAGAACAAGAGAAAAGAGCCUCCAUCAUCAGAAACAGACUCAAAGCCAAGGGAAAUGCUUUUGAUAAUAAAUAGAAUUUUGUAUUAAUGUUUGUGUAGGUUCUAGUUGUAAAUAAAUGUUAUUUAAAUAUUGA